AUGCUGUUGAGAGCUACUUGGAAGGCUGCUCCGAGGACGGCUGCUUGGCGGGGCGUACGAACGUUCUCAUUUGGCUCACGUCCUACUCGUCUCUCACUAUCGCGUGUCUCUUACAUUGGUAUCGUGUCAGGAGGCAUUUUCACUACUUCUCUGGUAUUGGGAAAUGUCUCUAGUAGUAUACAUGCCGAUGCGGAGAAAUCUGAGACGGUGGGGCACUCGGAGCGACCGCCGACGCCAUUGAGCGCACUAGUGAGGUCGUACCUUGUAUAUUCCAUCUGUUCAGUCCCUACUAUUGUCGACUGGUCUCCGGCAAUCCUUUCUGCCCUGACGUCUGUUCCCGGUAUUAAGCAACUCACAGAAGCAAUCGUCCGCGUUACAUUCUUCAAUCAGUUCGUGGGCGGAGAUACGGCAGAAGAUGCUGUACCGCUGCUUGAGAACUUGCGCGCAGAGAACAAGGGCUGCCUCUUCGGAUACAGCGUCGAGGUUGACGAGGCUCAAGCUGCAGGCAAGGGCGCUUCGCAGUCUAAACAAUCCGUGCACAAACAGAUCGUGGAGGAGACUAUCCAUUGCAUCGACGUGGCUGCGGACUUUGAGGCCAAGCACGCACACGGCCGGCUCACAGGGCGUAGGACAUGGGUCGCCGUGAAGCUGAGCGCGCUUCUGCCCAACGCGGACUCCCUAAUCAGAUUAUCGAAGUACCUGGUCGCUACUCGCCCCACGCCCUUCCCGCUUGUCGCCUUCCCCGGCCGCCCUCUCCCCACCGACUUGGACGUUCUCACUGCGCAUACUCCACCUAGCCCGCUCACUGAAGAAGACGUUAUUUCACUUCGGGAAUUGCGCUCCGACCUCGGCGCAAUCUGUGCGCGCGCCCAAGCUCGUGGCAUCAAGGUCAUCAUUGACGCGGAACACAGUUGGUACCAACCGGCCAUAGAUGCAUUGACGCUCUCGCUCAUCCGCGAGUUCAACAAGCUUCCGGUUCCUGCGCGCUCGUCCUGGUUUCGCUCGUCUCCCCCUCCAGCGCCCGUCGGUGUCCAGCCAUUAGUAUACGCAACGUACCAGGCAUAUCUCCGCCGGACGCCCGAGUUCCUCGCCCAGAGCUUUGAAGCCGCACGCAAGGAAGGAUACUCGCUCGGCGUUAAGCUCGUGCGCGGGGCGUAUCACCCGCAGGAGAUCGCCGCCCAUGCCUCCCCCACCUCGCUCUCCAUCUCCCCCGACCCGCUGCCGCCCGUCUGGCCCGUGAAGUCUGACACGGAUAACUGCUACAACACCUGCGCCGCGGUCCUGGUCAAGGAGAUCGCGAAGGAUGUCGCGCGCGGCGAGGUAGUCCCCCGCGUCGGCGUCCUGUUUGGCUCCCACAAUGCGCAGAGCUGUGACCGGAUUUUGAGCCAGCUGGCGAAAUCGGGUUUGGCUACGGUGGGCGCUGAUGGGAUCCUUGAUCUCCCGGAUGAGGUCACGGAGCGCAUCACGCUGGCGCAGCUCUAUGGCAUGAGCGAUCAGUUGACGAACAGUCUGGUUGACCGCACGCGUUGCUCCUCGCCGUUCGUCCUCAAAUAUAUUCCUUAUGGAAACCUCUCAGAAGUCAUGCCGUACUUGAGCCGACGCGCUAUUGAAAACAAGUCAGUUCUUGGUAACGGCGCAGCUGCUGACGAGCGGAGAAGAGCGUGGGCGGAGAUCUCGAAACGAAUAUUUGGCUAA